CGAAGCUCUUAAAGCCGGACCAAAGGAGAGGAGACAAAAAGGAACUGCCCCUGCCCAACGACCCAUGAUCCACGUCGAGAAUUCUCCUUUCUUUCUCUUUCUCUUCUCUGACAUUCCCCCACGAUAUUCCAAGAUCUCUCUAUUUCCCUAAUUUAAGCCUAAGGAUCGGGAGCAUCGACUCUGAAUUCCCAGUUAAUUCAAUCCCUAAUAAGCCUUUUGAAAAUGAAGUUUUUUAUAGUUAUGUAUAGGUGAUAUUUUAUGAGUUAUUAAGUUUAUUGGUUAGGGUUCCGAAUAUGGGGUUGGACGGUGCGGAUCUUCUGGACGAUGGUGAUGGAGGUGGAGGAAAAGCGGCAUCGUCCGUGUCAUGCUCGAUUUGCCUGGAUGUUGUGACCGACAAUGGGAAUAGAUCUUGGGCUAAGCUUCAAUGCGGCCAUCUUUUCCAUCUUGGGGGCAAUAUGAUAGAUGUUGUGUUGGUCACUAUGGUCAUGCAGUUCAAGGUCAUAGAGAUAGUGGUGACUUCGCCAAAUUCGCAUGAAGCACGUGCCUGGCGCUCAAGUCUAAAACCCAUGAAAUGUGGUCUCUUUUUCCCAUCAAGAUUUGAUGUGGUCUAUUGA